CGCGCUCGGCGCUCGCGGCGUGCGGAAGUGCGGCCCUACGGCUGGCUGCUGCGGCCCGGGAGCUGGGGCGGGUCGGCGGGGGCCUGACGCUGGCUGCGGGCGGUGGAAGCUGGAGGUUGUUUCUAUAACCUGAUCACGUGUUUGCUGCAUAAAGCACAAUGUCUCGAUCCCGGCAGCCCCCACUUGUGACAGGCAUCUCUCCGAAUGAAGGAAUACCUUGGACCAAGGUCACAAUUAGAGGAGAGAACCUGGGUACUGGUCCCACUGACCUUAUAGGCUUGACAAUCUGUGGACAUAAUUGCCUCCUCACGGCAGAAUGGAUGUCUGCAAGUAAAAUUGUGUGUCGAGUGGGGCAAGCCAAAAAUGACAAAGGAGACAUUAUUGUCACAACCAAGUCAGGGGGCAAAGGAACCUCAACAGUAUCUUUUAAGCUACUCAAACCUGAAAAAAUAGGCAUUUUAGAUCAGUCUGCAGUGUGGGUGGAUGAAAUGAAUUAUUAUGAUAUGCGGACUGACAGGAAUAAAGGGAUUCCUCCCUUGUCUCUCCGUCCUGCGAAUCCGCUUGGCAUUGAAAUUGAAAAAAGCAAACUUCCUCAGAAGGACUUAGAAAUGUUGUUCCAUGGCAUGAGUGCUGAUUUUACAAGUGAGAAUUUUUCAGCUGCCUGGUAUCUCAUAGAGAAUCACUCCACAACCAGUUUUGAACAGCUCAAGAUGGCAGUCACCAACCUCAAAAGGCAGGCCAAUAAGAAGAGUGAGGGCAGUCUGGCCUAUGUGAAGGGUGGCCUCAGUACCUUCUUUGAAGCUCAAGAUGCUCUCUCAGCUAUCCAUCAAAAACUAGAAGCAGAUGGAACAGAAAAAGUGGAAGGAUCCAUGACACAGAAAUUGGAGAAUGUCCUCAACAGAGCAAGUAAUACUGCUGACACAUUAUUUCAAGAAGUGUUAGGUCGAAAAGACAAGGCAGAUUCCACUAGGAAUGCACUCAAUGUGCUUCAGCGAUUCAAAUUUCUCUUCAACCUUCCUCUCAAUAUUAAACGGAAUAUUCACAAGGGGGAUUAUGAUGUGGUUAUUAAUGAUUAUGAAAAAGCCAAGUCACUCUUUGGGAAAACAGAGGUGCAAGUUUUCAAGAAAUAUUAUGCUGAAGUAGAAGCAGGAAUUGAAGAUCUAAGAGAAUUACUUCUAAAGAAAUUGCUCGAGACUCCAUCAACUUUACAUGACCAAAAGCGUUAUAUAAGGUAUCUCUCUGACCUCCAUGCCCCUGGUGACCCUGCUUGGCAGUGUAUCGGAGCACAGCACAAAUGGACCCUCAAACUCAUGCAAGACUGCAAAGAGGGCCACAUGAAGAGCCUAAAAGGUAACCCAGGCCCACACAGCCCCAGGCUGGACCUAGAUAGUGAUGUACGGCCCUCGGUGUUGGGCCAUCUCAGCCAGACAGCAUCACUGAAGAGAGGUAGCAGCUUCCAGUCGGGUCGGGAUGACACUUGGAGGUACAAAACUCCCCACAGAGUGGCAUUUGUUGAAAAAUUAACCAAGCUUGUGUUAAGUCAGCUGCCUAACUUCUGGAAACUCUGGAUUUCAUAUGUUAACGGAAGUCUUUUCAGUGAGACUGCUGAGAAGUCAGGCCAGAUCGAAAGAUCAAAGAAUGUAAGGCAGAGGCAAAAUGAUUUCAAGAAAAUGAUUCAGGAAGUAAUGCACUCCCUGGUGAAGCUGAUCCGGGGAGCUCUACUCCCACUCAGCCUCAGAGAUGGUGAUGGAAGGCAGUAUGGAGGCUGGGAGGUGCAGGCAGAGCUCUCAGGGCAGUGGCUUGCACAUGUUAUCCAGACCAUAAGGCUGACUUAUGAAUCACUGACUGCCUUGGAAAUUCCCAAUGACAUGUUACAGAUUAUCCAGGACCUAAUUUUGGACCUCCGUAUACGUUGUAUAAUGGUGACAUUACAACAUACAGCAGAAGAAAUAAAGAGAUUGGCUGAAAAAGAAGAUUGGAUUGUUGAUAAUGAAGGACUGACUUCCCUGCCAUGUCAGUUUGAACAGAGCAUCAUGCACUCCCUACAGUCACUGAAGGGUGUUGUCGAUUGUAAGCCUGGAGAAGCCAGCGUAUUUCAACAGCCUAAAACACAGGAGGAGGUUUGCCAACUAAGCAUCAAUAUCAUGCAGGUUUUUAUAUACUGUCUGGAACAACUGAGCACCAAGCCUGAUGCAGACAUAGAUACUACUCAUCUUUCUAUUGAUGUUUCUUCUCCUGAUUUGUUUGGAAGCAUCCAUGAAGACUUCAGUUUGACUUCAGAGCAGCGGCUUUUGAUAGUCCUGAGCAAUUGCUGCUAUUUAGAACGUCACACCUUCCUAAACAUAGCAGAACAUUUUGAAAAGCACAACUUCCAAGGAAUAGAAAAAAUAACACAGGUUAGCAUGGCGUCACUGAAAGAACUAGACCAACGACUCUUUGAAAAUUACAUUGAGCUAAAAGCAGAUCCUAUUGUUGGAUCCUUGGAACCUGGGAUAUAUGCAGGCUAUUUUGACUGGAAAGACUGCCUGCCUCCAGCAGGUGUCAGAAACUAUUUAAAAGAAGCAUUGGUGAAUAUGAUUGCUGUGCAUGCAGAGGUGUUUACUAUUUCCAAAGAACUUGUGCCACGGGUCCUGGCCAGGGUGGUCGAAGCAGUCUCUGAAGAGCUGAGCCGGCUGAUGCAGUGCGUCUCAUCCUUCAGCAGAAAUGGAGCACUGCAGGCAAGACUUGAAAUCUGUGCUCUGAGAGACACUGUAGCCAUUUACCUGACCCCGGAAAGCAGGUCUAGUUUUAAACAGGCCCUGGAAGCCCUGCCUCAGCUUGCAAGUGGCGCGGACAAGAAGUUGCUAGAGGAGCUGCUCAACAAGUUCAAGAGCAGCAUGCACUUGCAGCUCACCUGUUUCCAAGCUGCGUCUCCAACCAUGAUGAAAACAUAGCCACAUGCGGAGGCCCAGCAGCCACAGAGGUCAAAUGGGAGGCUGUCCUCUUCCUGUGCCAGAGGGAUAGCCCACGCCUAAGCAAGCACUCACGGCGUUUAACUUCUCUCUUUUCCCCAAGAAAAAGAUGUUGGUGGGUAUUUCACUUCAGCCUGUUGAAAUAACCCUAUUUUAAAUGUACACACAAACAAGUUGUAUUGUUACUAGCUUUGGACCUGUAAGGCUGCAUAGCAUACUCUUCAAAAUGUGUUUCUUUGCUAAAUGUUGCAUGGUGUGAGCUUCAGGGUCUUUCCCAGAAUGUUCUGGAGUGGCCCAUGGUGUGUGUGAAUGUGCUUCUCAGCGCCCCUCCACUGUCAGUGUUGGCAGUCUCCAACCCA